AUGUUGGAAGAACAGGAGGGCACGUUGAACCAGCUCCCAGAAGAUGUGCUUGCCAAUAUGCUCCGACAUAUUGCGCCACGCUUCCUUGCCACAUCCCGCUGUGUUUGCAAGCCCUGGUGCACAAUCAUUGACACCCGCCGGUUACUGCGUACAGACCUUCUCCCUCUCUCGUUGGCUGGCAUCUUCAUCAACUUCCCUGACCUAGUUUUGUCAGGAUUCUUCUCGCGUUCCUCAACAGGCCCAACAAUAUCUGACUGUUUGCCGCCCAGAGAUAUCUUUAGCACUUUUAGUGACCACUGCAAUGGGCUUCUCUUGCUUGACGACUAUGUGGUUAACCCAGCGACAUAUCAGUGGGUGCAAUUGCCCCCAUUCCCAAGCCCACAUUUGUGUACAGAAAACUUUUUUCACAAGGAGUACCUUGUCUUUGACCCUGCAGUGUCACCACACUAUGAGGUUUUUCUGAUCCCAUUUGCUUGUGCCAGAUCUGGCCGGAUCAAAUUAAAUCCUGCAGCAGAGGAAUUAGAGUGGCCACUGUCGCCAUGCAUACUUCAUGUGUUCUCAUCAAGGACUAAGAAAUGGGAGGAGAGGUCGUUUGUUCGAGAAGGGGAGGCUGCAGGGACUGUGGCUGGCAUGCGCUGUCUAUUGGCGGAUUUCUCAGUUAUAUUUGAUUCUUGCAGAAUAUCACUGUUAGAUGUUGAAACCAAAGAAUGGGACUCGGACGAUGAUAAUGUUAUUCACACUGAAGGUUGGGGCAAUAGGGACUUUGGUGGCUAUAUUAUUACUGUCCUCGGAUUUCACCCUUACAAGGAGGUUGUCUUCUUGAGUGAAGGAUUGAGCCGAGGACUGGCCUAUCACUUAAAUACCUCAAAGGUUCAAGAAUUAGGCAACCUCUCCCCAACACAUUAUGAAACGUUUAUGGGUAUCCAACCAUUCAUAGAAGGGUUUUUUCCAUACACACCUUGGAUGGGAGAGUUUCCAGAGGAAAAUUAA